AUGUCUGCUGCUACAUUAAGACAGAACACUUUCUCCGUGGCCAAGAUGGCCUCCAAGACAUCUGGUAACAGUGCCAGAUGGGCUUUGGGUGGUGCCUCUGUUGCUGCCAUUGGUGCUUAUCUUUACUACAACAACAAUAACAAUAAUAAGAAUAACAAUUCUAAGAACAUUAUGAAGGCUGGUUUGUUUGGCGGUGCCACUUUGAACGCAGCUGCUGCCAGCUCUAAGACUUUUAACGAUUACCAAGCAAUCUAUAACGACAUUGCUGAAAAAGUUAGAGAAAAUGACGAGUAUGAUGGUGGAGCUGGUUACUUUGGAAUCUUGACUCGUUUGGCAUGGCACUCUUCUGGUACUUAUGAUGCUUCCAAAGGUUCUGGUGGUUCCUUUGGAGGUAACAUGGUUUUUGCACCUGAACAAUAUGAUGGUGCCAAUGCUGGUUUGGCUCCCGCACGUGACUUCCUUUCUGAAUUCCAAUACAAGUAUCCAUGGAUCUCCAGAGGUGAUUUGUGGACCUUGGGAGGUGUGGUUGCCGUCCAAGAAGCUGGUGGUCCAAAGAUCCCAUGGAGACCAGGUAGAGUCAAUGCUACUGAUGGUAAGAAGGGUGCUCCAAACACAUUACCUGAUGCUUCAAGAGAUGGUAAGUAUGUCAAGGGAUUGUUUGGUAGAAUGGGCUUCAAUGAGCAAGAAACUGUUGCUUUAAUUGGUGCUCACUGUUUGGGUAAGUGCCACAAGAAUGCUUCUGGUUACGAAGGUCCAUGGGGUCCUUCUUUCAACAUGUUCACCAAUGAUUUCUUUAAUUAUUUGUUGAAGGAUUGGCAAGUGAAGCAAUGGGAUGGUCCAAAGCAAUAUGAAGAUGUUGAAACCAAGCUGUUUAUGAUGUUGCCAACUGAUAUCGCCUUGAAGGAAGAAAACUAUUUCCUUAAAUGGGUAAAGAUUUAUGCUGAUGAUGAAAAGAAGUUCUUUAGUGAUUUCUCCAAGGCUUUUGCCAAAUUGUUAGAAUUGGGUAUCCAAUUCCCUUCUUCAGUUAAGCCAUUUGAAUUCAAGACUUUGGAUGAACAAGAAUAG